CGUGCUCAGCUCAAGCCGCUCCGAGCCCCGCCGAUCCCUUAACUAGAUCGUUAGGGGAUUAUCCGGGACUUCAGCACCGGGGAGCGGCUGUCCGCGCCGUCCCGCUAACGGGAGUCUGCGGAGCUACGGGAGAGAGCGCAGCGAGGAUCGUCCUCCGGGUCCGGUACCGGGCGGGGCGGGGGUCGUCCUCCGGAGGCCGGACAGGAACCGGGGCUCUGUCCGUGCCCUCCUCCCGCUUCGGAGCCGGAGGAAAGUUUGUGCCCGUGUCCCCGCUGCGGGGAGAGCCCGGAGCUCUAAUCCUGGUGGGAUCGCGGACGGGGUUCGGGAGAGGGCUGCGUUCGGUACCGACGGGCGCGGGGCCGCGGGUAGAGGGGAGGUCGGGGGCGGAGGCAGGCAGGGUCCGGGGGGGGUCUCUCAGUGCCUCCAUGCCGAUGGGCUCAGCUUUAUCCGAGGCUGUAAUCCCCCUGCUCCGGUAAUUAAAAACUCCGCAUUACAAGGAAAACGGUGUGCGGGGAAAUGUAAUCAAGUCUGGAGGGGCUUAACCAUCUGCUAAAGGUUAGGACCGGCACGGCGGGGGACGCAGCCGGGGGAUUUGGCAGCCGCUGCGAUCCGCGCUCCUCUUAAUCUUACCGCGGGGACGGGCGCUGCAGCUGCGGGGUAACACCGGCACCCUGGGCCGGGGCAGCGGUCGGGCUCACCGGGGCUCCGCUCGCUUUUAGCGCGGCUUCGCCUCCCCCUCCGGGUUCAGCCCCAUCCCCUGAUUGAUAGCGGCUCCGGCGGGGAAGGGGUUAAGAGGAGACCGCGGCGGGGCCGGUACAGCGUGGUCGGAGCACAGGGAACGGCCCUCCCCGCCGACUCCGGCAGAACGGAACCCCUCGGAAGAGCGAGGACGGGCACAGCGGGCGGGCUGCAGAGGGGCUGCGUGGCCAUGGGGACCGGGGCAAGUUGCGGGAGGGGGCAGCUUUCCCUCCCCUCCCUCCUCCUCCUCCUCUCCCUCCUGGCCGCGCCGCACUCCACGGGUGGGCAGCUGCGCUAUGCUGUGCCCGAGGAGCUGGAGCACGGAGCUUUCGUGGCCAACCUCGGCGAGGACCUGGGGCUGGACGUGUCCACGCUGUCGGCGCGGCGGUUCCGGAUUGUGGCCGGGGCCGGGGCGAGGCAGCAUCUGGAAGUGAACCUGGAGAACGGGAUCCUCUUUGUGAACGAGCGGAUCGACCGGGAGGAGGUGUGCGAAACAGGGGGCCCCUGCCUGCUCCACCUGCAGCUGCUUGUCGAGAGCCCUCUGGAGCUGUACCGUGUGGAGGUGGAGGUGCUGGACAUCAACGACCACGCUCCCACCUUCCCCUGGCAGGAGUAUGUGCUCGAGGUGGCUGAGUCCGCCAUGCUGGGUGCCCGCUUCCCGCUUGAGAGCGCCCAGGAUCCUGAUGUGGGCACCAACUCGGUGCACACCUACCAGCUCAGCCCCAAUGGCUUCUUCUCUCUUGAGGUGCAGACACGCAGCGACGCCAGCAAGUUUGCAGAGCUGGUGCUGGAGCGCGCCCUAGACCGUGAGCAGCAACGCACGCACCGGCUGCUGCUCACCGCGCUCGACGGUGGCAUCCCCAGGCGCUCGGGCACAGCCCAUGUCCUCGUCACUGUGCUGGAUGCCAACGACAAUAUUCCUGCCUUUGACCAACCCUCGUACGGAGUGAGCCUGCCCGAGGAUGCCCCCGCCGGCACCUUGGUCAUCCAGCUAAACGCCACCGACCUGGAUGAGGGCCCCAAUGGGGAGAUUGAGUACUCCUUCAGCGGGCACGCGCCACCAAGCGUCCGAGAGCUCUUCCGCGUGGAGCCCCGCAGUGGGCAGGUACUGCUGAAGGGCCCCCUGGACUACGAGCGUGCCAGCCUGCAUGAACUCUACGUGCAAGCCAAGGACCGUGGGCCCUCAGCGGUGGCUGUGCACUGCCGGGUGCUUGUGCACCUCCUCGAUGUGAAUGACAACGCGCCUGAGGUGACCCUCACCUCAGUUUCCACGCCGGUGCAGGAAGAUGCCCCACCGGGCACCGUCAUCGCAGUCAUCAGUGUUCUGGACCGGGACUCCGGAGACAACGGGCGUGUGAGCUGUGAGCUGAGCCCCAGUGUGCCCUUUGAGCUCCGCUCCUCCUUCCGCAACUACUACACACUGGUUACCACGGAGCCACUGGACCGGGAGGCGGUGUCCGAGUACAACAUCAGCAUCAUGGCCCGGGACAUGGGAUCCCCUGCCCUGCUGACCCGCAGCACCCUCACUGUGCCGGUGUCUGAUGUGAACGACAAUGCCCCGCACUUCCUGCAGCCCUCCUACAGCGUCUACGUGAUGGAGAACAACGCGCCAGGGGCCUCCAUCUGUUCUGUCAGCGCUCUGGACCCCGACUGCCAGCAGAACGCCUACCUGUCCUACUCCAUCACCGACGGGCACAUCCAUGGCAUGCCCGUGGGCACCUACGUGUCCAUCAACUCAGACAGCGGGCACAUGUAUGCCCUACGCUCCCUUGAUUAUGAGCAGAUCCGCAGCUUCCAGAUCCAGGUGCAAGCGCAGGAUGCGGGCUUCCCCCCGCUCAGUGCCAAUGUCACCGUGCACAUCUUCGUGCUGGACCAGAAUGACAAUGCUCCCGUCAUCGUGUCCCCCAUGCCGCGCAAUGGCUCUGUGGCCACCGAGCUGGUGCCGCGCUCUGCCGGGCCUGGCUACCUGGUGGGCACAGUGUCAGCAGUGGACGCAGAUGCAGGGCUGAACUCCCGUCUGUCAUACCAGCUGCUCCAAGCCACCGACUUCACACUGUUCAGCCUGGCACCGGACACAGGUGAGCUGCGCACCCUCCGCUCCUUCCUGGAGCAGGAUGCGGCCCGGCAGCGCCUGGUGGUGCAGGUGAGGGAUGGAGGGCAGCCAUCGCUCUCGGCCACUGUGUCCCUCCUGCUUUCCGUGGUGGAGACAAUGCCACAGACUCUCUCUGACUUCAGCAACUUCAGCCUCCCCCCAGAAGCCUCCUCCUCCUCUCCACUCACUCUCUACCUCCUGGUGUCCCUGGGUUCCAUCUCCUUCACCUUCCUGCUGGCCAUCCUCAUCCUCACGGCCAUCCGAUGCCGUGGGAUGCGAUACCCCUGGCAGGGUGACGGCUGCUGCUGCUGCCCCCGGCCCAGGCGCUCUCCCGACGGCCUCAAGACAUCCAACCUUGCAGCACAGCCUGGUGCCAGCACGGCCACCCACCUCGAUGUGCCCGAUGGUGGCCCCCCAGGCUACUGCUACAAGCUGUGCCUCGGGCCAGAGUCUGCCCAGAGCGACUUCAUGUUCCUCAAGCCCUGCAGCCUGCCCCGCAACAAUGAGAAAGGCCCUGGGAACCUGCCUGCUGCUGGGAAGCGGUCCCGGCCAGGGCAGCCCCUCCAUGGCCCCAAGCAGAUAAAGCAGCCCAACACAGACUGGCUGCCCCCCAGCAUGCAACGACCUGCGCUGAAGAGCUCCCAGAGCCUGGAGGAUGUGGGGGAAAUCCGCAGAGCCCUGCAGAAGGAGCACGAGAGGCUGUGCACGCUGGUGACCCCGGUCUCUGAGUUUCAGAAGGCCUCAGCGGGCACCAACAGCAUCUGGGCACCCCAGUAUGGCCCCUUGUACCCUGGUCACAUCCCAGCCCCAGAUUACCAGCACAACGUCUACAUCCCCGGCACCCCAACUCUGCUUUCUAGUAAAGAUGGCCCCCUGGUUCCAGGCCAGGAGAGCAAGAACAGCUUUUCCACCUUUGGCAAGAGGAAGAAAAUGACGACGUACUACGAUAUGCCUGACAGUGUGGUUAUCAACAACGACCUGAAAUAGUGUCUGGUGCCAGGCCUGGAUCACCCACAUUACACUUUACUUCAGCUGCUGAGUCCAUCUGCAACACACAGCUCCAUUCACAGACUGCUCCAGAGUUUGUAGGGCUGCCUGGGGAGAGGGAAAGGAGCGAGAGGAUGAGGCAGGAUGGGGGGGAGAAGGGGUGAAAGGUGUUUCUCCUGUCUCUUUUAGAGCUGUGUUGGCAGCAGGUGCUGCUGGGGGUCCAGGUGAGCAGAUUUCAGCAAAUCUGCCUUGUGUUUACCCAUUCCCAUGUCCCCUUUAGGGGCGAUCCAUCUCUGUAAAUGUUGUCACUUUGUCUUGUCUGGCUGUGUGAAUGUACUGUGCUGCAUGCCUGUAUUUCUGCCCCAGGAAGAAGGGAGAUGUACACAGACCAAAUGUGGCAUCAGGUAGUGGGCAGCAACCAGUGCCCUGCUCCUGGGACUCAGUAGGAGAUGCUGCACAUCCAGAGCUGGUGUCUGGUUUCUGAGUGCAAUCCCAGCCAUUAUGUGGGCUUCCCUUCAAACUACCAUCUGACACAUGCAGAACUGUGAAGUCCAGGAUGCAGCUGUAUCCUGGAUGCUACCAGUCCCUGCUCUGCAAACAGCACAGGAUGGCCAGAAGGGCUGUUGGAGAUGCACAGGGUGAGGCCCUGCUGGGUAUCUCCAAGGCGACAUCAUCUGAGAGGAAGUUUCCUUCUUCAGAGGAGUCCCAGCAUGGUGACAACUCUCUCCCCUUUUCUCCCCUGUUCUCACUUGCAUCUCCAUUUUUCCAAGUCCUGAGCACCUUGGUUAACCCCACCUGUGCAGGACACGCAGCUCCCGCUGCUCUCUCUCCUCUUCAAGGACUUCCACCUGGCUGCCAGGAGCCUGAGGGCCGGGCUGCAGCCCCAGAACCCCACACCUGUGCACCCGCUCUGUCUGCCAGUAUUUCUGAUCGCUCGCCUGUGACCAGAUAGCUCGAGUCCAGGCCCAUCUGUGCAGAACAUGACAGCUCUUUCUAAAGCAAGUUUGUUUCAUGAUGUCUGAUUUGUACCAAUAAAUGGUAUUUUG